CCUUCCUAUCCUGCAUCCUUCUUACACGCAUCCAUCCGCACACGAAACCCUUUCCCUAUCCACACAACCCAAAAACCUUACAGGUUGGCUGGCUUAACAAAGGGUGCUCAUGAGAGGGACAGAAACCAGCGGCGCAAAAUAAAAAUAAAACCCCGUCAGAACUUGGUAAUCGACGCCCGAGCAACUUCACCCGACGAGCGCUUCAUGAAAUGACGACUGAACUCCUUCCUUUCCUGUCCGCCGUCUUCGGCUGGAUCUACUUCCUCUGCUGGUCCGGCUCCUUCUACCCGCAGCCUUUCCUCAACUUCUACAGAAAAACCACGGCCGGCACGACCGUUGACUUUCCGUUGAUCAAUUGCCUGGGUUUCCUCGCCUACUUCGUCUCCAAUGCCGCCUUCUACUACUCUCCUCUCGUCCGUUCGCAGUAUGCUGCACGUAACCACGGCCUGACCCCGACCGUUGCCUUCAACGACAUCACCUUCGCCGCCCAUGCCCUCCUCCUCUCGUGCAUAACCACCUCCCAAUACAUCCCCAAGCUCUGGGGCUUCGCGCCGGCACACGGGACGAAGCCGAGCCGCUUUAUCUCGGGAAUCGCUGCCGGUUGCGUCGUUGGCGUCAUCGUCAUUGGGUUCGUCGUCGCUGCUGCCCCGGGCGACGGCGACCCGCGCACGAGCUGGUGCGCCCUCGACGUCGUCUACGCCGUCUCCUACGUCAAGCUCGUCAUCACCCUCAUCAAGUAUACCCCGCAGGUCAUCACCAACUACCGCAACAAAUCGACCAAGGGCUGGUCCAUUUGGCAGAUCCUCCUCGACUUCUCUGGCGGUCUGUUGUCUGUGGGCCAGCAGGCCAUCGACUCGUACAUGCAACGCGACUGGUCUGGAAUCACGGGCAACCCGGUCAAGUUUGCGCUGGGCAACGUCUCCAUGGUAUACGAUAUCGUUUUCAUGACGCAACACUACAUUCUGUACCGCGGUUCUGACGGCAAGGCCGACGAAAGGGACUCGCUUCUCCGAGGGGACGACGAAGAACAUCAGAGACUAGACUAGAGCAAAUUUCGCUAUGUAGUAUUACUUAUCUAGGAGGUAGUGUCCAAAGACUAUAGAAGAUCUCGCUGCCUUUCUGACAUGCAACAUGGCACUAGGCGUUUUGCU